CAAUCAGUCAGACACAGCAGUGGAGCGGUCUGUAGUGUAAUUAACGCCAUGGUGUCCCUCCGAUUCCCAUUCUCGUUUUCUCAGCCCACACCUAAACACAUCCCCACCAAUAGUCGUCCCUUCAAUGUUGCCUCCGCCACCGCCUUCACCGUCGCCGCUGCUGCCGGUGCAGCAGCUGCCGUUGCCGGACUCGCAGCCUCCUCCCAGAAGCAGAAGGACCCUACCAACCCAACACGCCCGCUUCUCCAAAACGCCGUCGAUUUCUUAUUUUCUAAUCAUUCGCUACCGCUUUGGGCUUCACUCUCGCUGGCCGAGUCUUCAAACUCGGUCGUCGAUUCCAGGACUGGAAUUUCUUUUCCUUCCGUUCUGGCGAAUUCUCGACGACUUCUUGGAAUUGGGAUAAGGAGAAAGAGUGUUUUGGGUUUGAAGAACAUCGAUGUCUACGCAUUUGGUGUUUACGCUGAUGGUGAUGAAAUAAAGAACUUGCUCGGUGAUAAGUAUGAGAAACUAUCAAGUUCUGAACUUAUGGAAAACAAAGAGUUCAACGAUGAUAUCCUGGAAAGUGAUAUAUCCAUGACUGUUAGACUUCAAAUAGUCUACAGCAGAUUGAGCAUUCGUUCUGUACGCAGUGCUUUUGAAGAGUCGGUAGGAAAAAGACUACAAAAAUUUGGGGGAUCAAAUACUGGAGAUCUGCUUCAAAGGUUCACUUCCCAGUUCAAAGAUGAAUAUAAAAUACCUCGAGGUUCUGCCAUAGAUCUUUCAAGAGAACGGGAUCAUAUACUUCGCACAACAAUUGAUGGAAAGGAGGUGGGAAGCAUCCAGAGCAAACUCCUCUGCCAAUCAAUUCUGGAUCUAUAUAUCGGUGAGGAACCGUUUGACAUGCAAGCCAAAGAGGACGUCCAUCUCAAUCUGGCAUCUCUCCUACGCAAGUAGACUACUUACGAAAUUUCAUGACAUUUUGAAAUCCUGUAUUUUUUUUUUAAUUAUUACUUCUUUUUUUUCCCGAGCUUCAUGUUUGCUUGUAUUGAUUGGAACAGGGUCAGCGAUCCGUACUUUUACUUUAAUGUGAGCAUGUGAGCUCACGGUUAGCAAAAUUAGCCCUUUCUUUUUUC